CACAUGGCUGAGGGGGACGCAGGGAGCGACCAGAGGCAGAAUGAGGAAAUCGAAGCUAUGGCAGCCAUUUAUGGAGAGGAAUGGUGUGUUAUUGAUGACUGUGCCAAAAUAUUUUGUAUUAGAAUUAGCGACGAUAUAGAUGACCCUAAAUGGACACUUUGCUUGCAGGUGAUGCUACCAAAUGAAUACCCAGGUACAGCUCCACCUAUUUAUCAGUUGAAUGCUCCUUGGCUUAAAGGGCAAGAACGUGCGGAUUUAUCGAAUAGCCUUGAGGAAAUAUAUAUACAAAAUAUUGGUGAAAGUAUUCUUUACCUGUGGGUGGAAAAAAUAAGAGAUGUUCUAAUACAAAAAUCUCAGCUGACAGAACCAGGUCCAGAUGUAAAGAAGAAAACUGAAGAGGAAGAUGUUGAAUAUGAAGAGGAUGUCAUUUUAGCAUGCCAGCCAGAAAAUCCAGUUAAAGCAUUGGAUUUUGAUACCAGUGAGAAUCGAACAGAAAUUAAAAUAGAAGAAUUACCUCCAAUUGAUCACGGCAUUCCUAUUACAGACCGAAGAAGUACUUUUCAGGCACACUUGGCUCCAGUCGUUUGUCCCAAACAGGUAAAAAUGGUUCUUUCCAAAUUGUAUGAGAAUAAGAAGAUAGCUAGUGCCACCCACAACAUCUAUGCCUACAGAAUAUAUUGUGAGGAUAAACAGACCUUCUUGCAGGACUGUGAGGAUGAUGGGGAAACAGCAGCUGGUGGACGUCUUCUUCAUCUCAUGGAGAUUUUGAAUGUGAGGAAUGUCAUGGUGGUGGUGUCACGCUGGUAUGGAGGGAUUCUGCUGGGACCAGAUCGCUUUAAACAUAUCAACAACUGUGCCAGAAACAUACUAGUGGAGAAGAACUACACAAAUUCACCUGAGGAAUCAUCUAAGGCUUUGGGAAAGAACAAAAAAGUAAGAAAAGACAAGAAGAGGAGUGAACAUUAAUACCUGAAACUAUAAGAAAGGUUAAUUUGCCUAUAAUUAUAUACACAUUCCAUAGUCAUCAAGGGAUAUACAAAGAGAGUAUCCUUGACUGCUCGUCAGCCAGUUCAGCAUGGACACCAACAUUAUCUUUUCUUCUUUGGUUAUAUCAUCUGCCAAAAAUAGAGAACUUAUGAUAUAUUCAUGUGUGUUUCAGGCUUAUUUGGGAGAACUAAUUUGAAUUUAAUCACCACUUCAUCUAAUUUUAGGAAGGUAACAGUUGCCCAGGGCAGUAUCUGAAUUAACUGACCAUUUCAGUACAUGUCAAGUGCCUUUGUUAGGUGGGGAAGAAAUGUCUCUAGAGAAAUAUAAAUACCUGGUUUCUUGUCAUCGAGAUUCUUGUACUGUUAAACGAAUAUUGCCUUUUACUGCUCUUUAUGGCUUAUUGGAAUAG